AGGAACAAUUAAGAAAAGAGACAAAGAGGAGAGGUUGUUUUGGUCAAGAAAAAAAUGGUGCAAGAGGAGAUCAGAAGGGGUCCAUGGACUGAAAAUGAAGAUGUUCAGCUGGUUUUGUACGUGAACUUGUUUGGCGAUCGUCGUUGGGAUUUCAUAGCAAAAGUAUCAGGUUUGAAGGUGGAGGGAGACAUAAAAUAGGUUUGAAAAGAACAGGUAAGAGUUGCAGGUUACGUUGGGUUAAUUACCUUCAUCCCGGCCUCAAACGAGGCAAGAUGACCCCUCAGGAAGAGAGGCUUGUGCUUGAACUUCACUCCAAAUGGGGAAACAGAUGGUCAAGAAUUGCUCGAAAAUUGCCUGGGCGAACAGAUAACGAGAUAAAGAACUAUUGGAGGACCCAUAUGAGGAAAAAGGCUCAAGAGAGGAAAAGGACCAUGUCCUCAUCUUCAUCUCUUUCCAAUUCUUAUUCCUCAUCAUCAAACAGUCGUCCAGUUAAUUCGAUGCCAGUUGUGGAGACUAAGGAAAGGAGCUUUUACGACACAGGAGGCCUCGACAACAACUUGAUGUUAGCAGAUCCAAGAGGGAAAAAGACUAAUCAAGAAGAGGACCAGAAGGGUAACUUCAUGGAUGAAAUAUGGAAAGAUCUUCCUUUUUCUGAAGAUGACCCAAUAAAACCAGUUUGUGAUGGUGGCUAUAGUGAAGAAGGAUGCAACUUCUCUUCUCAAACACUUAUAUCUCCGCUAUGGGACUAUCGCCCAGAUUCACUGUGGAUGAUGGAUGAAGAAGAGAUCAAGAUGUUUCUUCCCACCAACGAUCAAUUUUUUCCACUUUACGGGCAUGAUCAGAUUCAGAGCUCGUAUUUAACUGGCUAAUUCGAGUUUCAUUCAUUCUAUAUUUGUUUUAAGGAUGUGAUAUGGUCUUAAGGAAGCUCUAACUUUGUAUAGCAUGGGCAUGAGCUUCCUAGUUCUAUCCAAACUUCCUGUAAUAAUGUAAUCAUCUCAUGCGUAAGUAACGUUGUCCGUGUCUAUCUGUUCUGUGUUUUUAGUUGUUAAAGAAAGAGAGAAAUUGUUAUAGUACAUGGAUGUAAUGUAACGUAAUGUAAUAUAGAAGUGCUUAGGUUGUAAUCAUGUAUCAAUCGAGGAGGUGGUUUAAUAUAAAC